CAGCUACUACUUAGCUUUACUAUGCUGACUUGACUGCUAUACAUGCUAGUACCACACAUGGUACCUAGCUAAAAUCGGAUAAAAUGUUUCUUUUUGUACAUAAUAACUGAAGCGCAAAAUGCGAUGCUAUCUUCACGUUUAUCUCCUGUCCACGGUAUUCACCUUUUUCUUCUUGCUGUAUGUGUACAGUCAGCUUGAUUCCACCUUGGAGGACAGGGACGAGUGGGCCGGAAGAUGGGGCAGGAUAGCCGGCAGGAGCAGCCAUGAGGGCGGGCACGCUCUCAGGAAAAGACCGGGCGUUUUAGGCCUUCGGGACCGAGAGUGGGGACAGAACAGGUGUAAAUCACUGUCAGUCUCUUACUGGAAUCCAUAUUGGAGACUGCCUGCUGAUGAUGUUUGUGGAGUGAACUGCUUAUUGGAAUCACCUCUUAGGGAGAAGUUGAGCCCUGCUACAAGAGAACCUAAAAAUGAGAGAAGUGACCUAGCUGUGGUGGCCUGUGGCCCCAGGCUGGAGGAAACUCUCACCAUGCUAAAGUCUGCCAUCCUCUUCAGCAAAAAGCCUCUGCACUUCUACAUCUUCGCUGAGGAUGAGCUUCAUGACGGCUUCAGAACCGCUUUGGAAAUGUGGCCUGUGGCAAUCCGGUCAAAGUUUACAUUCACCAUCUAUCCAAUCAUGUUUCCUGAGGAGAACGCAAGCGAGUGGAAAAAGCUCUUCAAACCUUGUGCCUCUCAGAGGCUCUUCCUGCCGCUGAUCCUAAAGCAAGUGGAUUCACUGCUUUAUGUAGACACGGAUAUCCUCUUUCUGCGCCCAGUAGAAGACCUCUGGGGCCUACUUUCUCAGUUCAAUGCAAGCCAAUUGGCUGCCAUGGCACCAGAGCACGAGGAGCCUCGUAUUGGCUGGUACAACCGUUUCGCUCGCCACCCUUACUAUGGCAAGACAGGCGUCAACUCAGGGGUCAUGCUCAUGAACAUGACUCGCAUCAGAGAAAGACUCUUCAAGAAUGACAUGACAGCUGUAGCACUCCGGUGGGAGGAAAUUCUGAUGCCUCUUCUUCAAAAGUAUAAACUCAAUAUCACCUGGGGGGACCAGGAUCUUCUUAAUAUCAUAUUUCAUCAUAACCCAGAAAGCCUCUACAUGUUCCCCUGCCAAUGGAACUACCGUCCCGACCACUGUAUCUAUGGUAGCAACUGUCAACAGGCUGAAGAAGAAGGUGUCUUUAUUCUCCAUGGCAACAGAGGUGUUUAUCACAACGACAAGCAGCCAGCUUUUCGAGCUGUCUAUGAGGCUGUCAAACAGUACUCUUUUGGUGAGAACAUGGAGACCUCCCUGCUUCAGCCACUGGAGGCAGAAUUACAGACAACUACACAGACCUACUGCGGUCGAUCCAGCCACCUGUUCACCAAAAAGUUGAAAGAGAGCAUCAGGUCCGUUUAACCAGAAGAGACGGCUGGGAUCAUAAGUUGGCAUCAAUCCAGUGCUUGAUGCUUGCUGACUUAGUUCCUCCUAUGGAGACAACCUGGAUGAUGUAGUUAACACCAAACGGUAACUUGUUUACAAUGUGCAUGCUGAGAUUAUAUGCUUAGAUUAUGUGAGUGGAGAAAAUAAUGAGCAGAAUGUGUUGUAUUUUUGACAUGAAGCUAGUUUUGGUACAUAUCUGUCUGAUGGACACGCAAUAAGGACAGAUAUUUUCUCACCUUCGUGGAAAAUACACUUUCUUAACUUCGCCCUGCCGAGAUUAUGAACUUGAUGCUGAUAGGGACAACAAUCUGUAUUUUUAAUGACAAUCAAGAUUUUAUUUUGUUUGUUUAUGCUUCUAGAAAACUUAAAAAUCAAUUUAUCUGUUUGAGUUUUGUGAGAAAAUCAAAUGUUGACCUACAUAGAGUAUUUUAUUAGAUUUUUAAUAUAAUUCUGCACAGGCUUUUCCUACUGGUUUUAGACAAAAAGUUAUCUUUAUUAAACAUUUCAAAUUAAACUGAUCAGUAUUUAUUGGACAUCUAUGAUGUCAACCUGAAGUAUUUGAGAGUAAUAUUUCAAGCACUCCGGUAUUCUACAAUUAUUACAUAUUGUACUGGAUCUAGAGGUUUUUUCGCUGCAUGAACAAAACGACACUUUUCUGUUUCUGAUGAACUGUCAAAGGGACUGUGGUCUGUAAUCACACCAACCAGAAUUCAGAGGAAUUUAAAGUUGGAUGUGAUUAUAAUGUUUGCUUUAAAGCUGGAAAAAUAUUGAAUGUAUUGUAAGCAUUUAAGAAUAAAUUCUAAAGUUUUUCUGA